AUGACAAAGAGAGCAAUUGGGCCGGUGGCUGAAUUGGGUGAUGCCAUUGUUGCGUUCAAGACAUCGUUCUGCGGAAGAUACUGUGGUGGAAUGGCUCUUUUUAUCACUUCAGCUGACUCUGAUGGAAUGACACCAUUGACAUCCCUGGGCUUUAUUAUUUCUGCUGGUGGUGCUGAAACUCCAAUGGCAGAUGUACGCUCUAUCCUCUCGCCGACGGUUUUGGAGUUUGCGCAGUAG